UGACUUUAUUCGCAAGAUUAGUUGAAGUUGUGUCUCGGUUGGGUGAAGGCGCGUCUGCAUUUGCUAAAAGAAACCCUUUGAUAUGUUGGAGUGACCUUUGCUGAGUGCUGACCUGGCUUGAUCACAUGACCUGAUAUGGCGAAGCGACUCGAUGACGUCAUGUCCCGCCUGGGGACUGGCCGCUGGAACCUCCUGCACAUCCUCUCCCUCUCUUACUGCUUCUCUCUGACCACGUACCACACCCUGGGCGGCGCCUUCCUCGCCCCCCGAGUGGACUACACCUGCCGCCGGCCCGAGGGCGCCCACGACGCAGCUGCCGCCCGAAGCGCCUCACCGCUGUUCAUUCCCGCCGGCGACAACACCUCCGAAGAGGCUAAACCCGAGUGCAGUUACUUCGUGCUGAACUCGUCCUCGGGCCAGGUCGAGGAGGAGCCUUGCGUCGAGUGGGACUUCGACAACUCCACCUUCAGCUCCACCGUUGGCACUGAGUUCCAGCUUGCCUGCGGUUGGGAGUACCUUCGCUCGACGUACCAAAGCAUCUACAUGUUCGGCGUCACGAUCGGGGGCCGUUCAACGGGGUUCUGGCCGACAGGAAUUCUGCAAAUCAAGUCCAGGUACGGGCGCAAGAUGACCAUGGCCGUGGGUUUUGUCGCCUACUCCGCCCUGGCCAUCGGCUCCUGCUGGAUCCCCAACCUCUCGGCUCUCCUGCUCUCGCGCUUUCUCAUGGGCGCCGUCGACCCCACGAUACUGAAGACGGGAUAUAUACUAGGCAUGGAGGUCGCGGAUCCCAAGUGGCGCACGCAUAUCGGCAUUGCAUUGUUUCUGCCAUGGGCGCUUAGUCUCAUGGCGUGGGGCGGGUUCGCUUACCUCGUCCGGGAAUGGCGGAUGCUUCAGCUGACCGUGUCUUUGCUGUGUCUGGCCUUCUUGCCUACUCUGUGGUUCAUGGACGAGUCGCCUCGGUGGCUGGCCGUGAGGGGGCAGCACCGGCGCGCCCUCCGAGUGCUGCAGAGGGCCGCCAGGUGGAACGGGGUCGCCCUCCCCCCGAGGACGAGCUUCUGCUCCUGCUCAAGGACGGAGUCAAGGACGAGGCAAUGGUACGCCCGCACCAAGACGCCCGCGCCCACACCGCGAGAGGCUGGUUCAGAAGGCGUUUGGAUGAAGCAUUUAUUCUUUUCAGAACCCCCCGCCUUCGCACCAUCACCCUCAGCCUGUACACCAAACUACCUACUGGUGGGUGCUGUGUACUUCGGCCUCUCGCUCAGCGGCGGCGACCUGAGCUCCGACCCGUUCCUGUACAUGGUGCUGACGGGGGUCGUGGAGCUGCCGGCCUACACGCUGGUCAUCCCCCUGGUGGCUCGCUACGGCAGGAGGGCUCCCGUUGUCGCCUUCUUCUUCAUGGGCGCCGUGGCUCUUCUCGCACUGCCCUUCGUGCCUACGGGUACUGGGGAAUCGAUGGCCUUAGCCCUUAUGGGGAAGAUGAGUAUCGCUUCGGCCUUCCAGAUCCUCGACUUUUACUCCUCAGAGCUCUUUCCCACCGAGGUUAGGACGAGGGGCAUGAGCACAGCCCUUGUCAUGUCAAGGGUGGGGUCUACUUGUUCGCCUUUCAUCACGGACUACUUGGGCCCCUUGUACCCGUGGGCGCCGUCAGCAGUGUUCGGGGCGGCGUCGGUGCUCGCGGGACUGGCCACGCUCGCCCUGCCGGAGACGCUGCACGUGCCUCUCCCGGACACCAUCGCACACCUGGAGGAGCGGGAGAUCAGGACCAGCUCUUACAUUAAUAUCUGUAAUCUCUCGGGUUCCUGCGACUCCUGUCCGCGAUCCAGAAUCCCUACCAUUUACGUCAGCCAAGUGGAUUAG